AUGUCCGAAGCAACCGUAGAGAGCGGGCUAAGAGGAUUUUCGUUUAUGCCUCAAAAUAGGCUGGAAGUUAAAUUGCAGUACAUAGAAGAUGAAGAACUUGAGCGAACUUGGAAAGCCAAUAGGAGGCAGCGACUGAAACAGCAGGAACAAAAGAUUUGGGAAGAAUUUGUAAAGGAUCAAGACGAUCUCGAUACAUUGUGUAAAGACGAUCCUUAUCAAUUUUUGGAGCAACUACCAGAGUCCUGCCUAAAAGAACUAAUGGAAGCUGAACUGGAGAAAAUGAAGAAAGAAAAAGCAUCAGAAAAUUUGAUGGAAGACCAAAAUCAAGAAGGUAACGGUGAUGUAUCGCGGCAAACUAAUUCUAAUGACUUGGUCACUGUGACGUUCUCUGAAGAAGUUGAGAAGAAUGACGAACGUUGCGUCAUGCUUCACAUAUUCGAUGAUGAAAAAGAUGAUGAUGAGAAGGGUGAACAAAUGGAUAACGAUCACUCGGGUGCCGAGGAUGAAGCACUAAACGAGUCUUCUAGUCCGUGCACUGUGCGAGAGAGACAAUCGUCGCCUUCAUAUCAAUCGCCCCCACAGCGUAGCCCCGUCCGUAAACGCAAUAAAUCGCCGGAGAACGUCACCAAUAUGAUCGAGAGCAGUAUAUACUGCGCUAAAAUCAAAGACCUGAGGCCGAAGAUUAACAACGAAAUGUUGGCUAUUAUAAACUCAUUAGAACAACGUGACUUCUGCGGAAUCGACCCCGAGGAGCUGGCGAAGAUGUGCCGCCGCUCCACCGAGUUCUGCGCAAGUGAGUGGGAGCUCGAUCUACAUCUAGGACAGAACACUGAUCUAGAAGGUUCGUCAGAUGGUGUUGCUAUAUCACGAUUAGGAACAUGA